CCGUUCAGCUGUUAUAGAGAUUCUGAGACGGAGAGACCUUCAAACAAUCAUCCAUCCAAACAUUCGCAUUUUUAAUAUUAUUAUAGUAAGAUGGGAGUUAUAAUCUGCGUCAAAUUGAAAUUCGUUCCAGCCGUUUCGGAGAUUUGUCAGAACAAACGCGACCGUGCGUACAAACACACAGACACUCCGCCGACAGUACUACUCACACAGACAGACAACGGCACUCGCUUCUCGCUAUCUGCUGACUAUCUUCGCAACGUUUAUUUAUAACAGACAUUGUACUUAUAAUUUAUCUUCAGUAAAUAAUAAUAAUACAAAGGAUUUAUCUAAAUCCAAGCUAAGGGUGUCACAGUCGCCGUACAGAACAGAACGACGCCGGAGGACGGCCAUAUCUCGAUCUUUACGGCAGCCGGUUAACUCUAACUUAAAUAUUGACAACUAGCAGUCUGGGUUGUCGCCCGCGACAUUUUCCGCGCACGAUUAAUGAAAACAUUUUUAGUAGCCUAAGCAUUGCUUCCACUCAGUAUUCCAUAUCUAGAUAUACUCUCUGAAAGCAAUAUCUCCAGAACGGCUGCAUGGCUCUAGAAUCAUAUCUUAUAACGAACAUCCAUCCAUCCACAUAUUUUGUAUUUAUAAUAUUGUGUAGUAAGAAAUUGGUAAGGAACAUUUAUAGAUGACGUGAUUGUUGGGGUUGUAAAAUCGCACAUAGGCCAGAGGUGUGCGCACACACGAGCGGCGCGCCGCACGUAAUGCUUUCCUUUAGUUAUUCCUUCGACUGAUUAUUGUUGAUGUGAGGCGUUCAUACAAGGCGAGUCCGAGGAGUCCUUAUCUGGCGAGUGCGAAUUACAACAGCGGUGAGCGGCGACCGGUGCUAAACGCUUGCUCAUCGCGGGACGGACGCAUUGUUUGCACGUCACCAAAUAACAUACGUUAUCACGCCGGUAUGAAUUACAACUUAAUGAUGUUUGUCUCCGCCGUCCUCGCCGUACUCGGCGCGCGCGGUGGCUGCGUGGCGCGCUGGCGCGGGCCGCAGUCAGCGCGCGCUCGGCCCUCCGCAACAUGGUGCACGAGCGGGAGCCCGCACCUCUCACUGUCACAAGAGUCGAUUCUCGAGAUUCAAAAGGAGGUUUCUAUGGAGAUUCCGAGGUAGAAGAGGACAGACUGUGCGCGGUGUGUCCUCGGGGCGCGGACGUGCGGCCGCGAGGCUCGCGAGCGGUUUGGCGUGAGGCGGCGGCCGAGGCGGCGUGCUCGGCGCUGCUCGUGCUGCUGACGUGUCUACCGGCGUGCGCGCAGGCCCCGCCGCUGCAGCGCGCACUCGCCGCCGGCCUUGUCGUCACCGCGCUGGUGCAGUGCUUCGAUCACGUAUCGGGCGCCAUGAUGAACCCGGCGGUGACGCUGGCUGCAGUGGUGGUCGGGCACCGUUCGGCACGGCGCGGCGCCACCUACCUCGCGGCGCAGGCGGCGGGCGCGGCGGCGGGCGGCGCCCUGCUGCGCGCGCUGGCGCCCGGGGCGCCCGCCGCCUGCCGCACACUGCCCGCGCCCAACAUCGGCGCCGCACAGGCGGCGUGCGUGGAGGCGCUGCUGGGCGGCGUGCUGGCGUGGGCCAACUGCGCCUCUUGGGACGCGCGCAAUCGGCGGCUGCUGGACUCGUGGCCGCUGCGCGUCGGCUUCACUGUGACCGGCCUAACGCUGGCGGCGGGUUCCCUCACGGGCGCCAGCGCCAACCCGCUGCGCAGCCUGGCCCCCGCGCUCUACGCCGGCGACUUCACCGCCGUCUGGGUGUAUUGCGUGGGCCCGCCGAGCGGCUCGCUGUGUGCGGCGGCCGUGUACCGCGCCGUGUGGGGCGCGCCCGCGGGCGCCGCCGCGCGCGGGGACUCUCCGCCGCGCGCCUCUUCGGCGACCGCCCGCCCGGCGCCGGACGCCCGCGCCUAG